AUGAAAUGGUUCUUAUGGGUAUAUCUUACAGCAUUGAUUCAAUUGGUUUAUUCUGAACAAAUUAAAUUUGAUAUUUAUGGAGAUGAAGAAAUUAUUGACGAUCUGAUAGAUAGUUUAGAAACUCAAUAUUCUCAAUUAUCAAAUAAUUCAUUAUUAUGGGGACCAUAUCGUUCGGCAUUAUAUUUUGGUAUUCGUCCAAGAUUCCCACGUUCUUUAUUAUCAGGAUUAAUGUGGUUUACAAUGAGUGAUUAUCAAGGUAUAGGCAAAAUUCGUCAUUUUUAUGAACAACAUGAUAAAAUGUCAAAAGCUAAUUGGGUUUCUUAUGAUCCAAGAAUUGGUGGGAGACAAAUCAUUGAUGAUGAUGAAUGUCAUAUUAAAAUUAUUAUUGAUUUUGUUAAAAGUGAUGAUGGUUUAUCUUGGGGUGUCAAAGUUAGAGCAAAACCACAUAAAGGAUAUGAGAAUAUAAUAACAUCCUUUGUUUGGUAUAGUGGUUUAGAAGGUGAAGAAAAGACUAUUGAAGAUGGAGAGGAAAUAGUUACUAGAACUGGAUAUUUCAAACUUGAAAAUCCAAAGAAUGUCUUGGGAUACGAUUCAAAUGUUAAAUUUGCCGGGGUUUCUUCAGAAUUAGGUGCAUUUGAAUUGGAAAUUAAUGAUGGACCAAAAAAUAAUCGUCAUCCAACUGGAAGAGCCGAUAUUGAUCCAGAACUAGAUCCAGCAAAGGCUCAUCAUUAUAGUUUAACAGUUCCAGAUGAUAAUGUUUGGAGAGCAAGAGAUAUUUUCAUGACCAUGUUACAAGAAUCCGUUCAACAACUUAUGGAAAAAUUUGGUACAAUUGAAGGGAUUCCACCACAAAAUUUAUUUAUUCUUCGAGAUUUACAAGAUUUUGAAGGAAAUUUACAUUUUGUUCAGAAAAUAUACCAAGGUGCUUGUGAAUUUGAUAUUGUUUUCACUAAUGCAUUAACACCAGCUACUGAAAAGAUCACAUUUGAAAAUAUCAAUUCUAAAAUUAAACAAACUAUCAAAGAUUUUGAUAAUAAAUUUGAUCAAAAAUUUGAACUUACUGCUCCAUUCACAAACAAAAAACAUAAAAAAUUUGCCAAAGAAGUUUUAUCAGGUCUUUUAGGUGGACUUUCUUAUUUUUACGGUGAUCAUUUGGUUGAUAGAGAAACUGUAUUUGAUGAGGAUUCAUUUGAAAGUUAUGAAUUACAAGGCAAAUCUGAAGGACCAUUUGAAUUAUUCAGCUUGGUCCCUUCAAGACCAUUUUUCCCUCGUGGAUUUCUUUGGGAUGAAGGAUUCCAUUUGUUACCAUUGUUAAAUUACGAUUCUGAUCUUGUUUUGGAGAUUAUUAAAUCUUGGUUUAAUUUAAUUGAUGAUGAUGGCUGGAUUGCUCGUGAACAAAUAUUAGGUGCCGAACUGAGAUCUAGAGUUCCUUCUGAGUUUGUUGUUCAAAGUCCACAAAUUGUGAAUCCACCAACACUUACUUUGGUGCUUACGUAUUUAUUAGAUUCAGUUAUGGAAGGUAAAUAUGGUGAUGUUAAUGAACCAAGAAAUAUCGAUGAUGCCAUAACUAAAGAGAACUUGGGUAAUUUUAUAUUGCAAAAUCCUGAAGUUUUAACAAACUAUACCAGAGAUGUGUAUCCUAAAUUAAAAUCACAUCUUGAUAUGUUUCGUCGAACUCAACAAGGUUAUGUUGAAGAAUUUGAUAGAGGAACAAACAAGGAAGCUUAUAGAUGGAGAGGAAGAACUUUGACUCAUUGUUUAGCUAGUGGAUUGGAUGAUUAUCCAAGAGUGUUACCAGCAGAUGUUGCUGAGUUGAAUGUUGAUUUAAUAUCUUGGAUUGGUAUUAUGACUCGAUCAUUGAAAAUGAUGGCUGAGAUAUUAGAGAAUAGAGAUGAUGUAGCUAAAUAUCAAGAAUUAGAAAAUGCUAUUAUUGAGAAUAUCGAGAAUUUACAUUGGUCAUCUGAAGAUAAAACUUAUUGUGAUGUUUCUGUUAAUGAAGAUGAUGAGAAUAUCUUUGUUUGUUUUAAAGGAUAUGUUUCAUUAUUUCCAUUUUUAACUAAAUUGAUUCCAGAAAAUGAUGUUGAGAAAUUAGAACAUAUAAUUGACUUAAUUUCGGAUCCUGAAGAAUUAUGGAGUCCUUAUGGUAUUAGAUCCUUAUCUAAAUCAGAUGAAUUAUACAAAACUGGUGAAGAUUAUUGGAGAUCACCAAUUUGGAUCCCAAUUAAUUAUUUAGUUUUGGAAAGCAUUCAAGAUUAUUAUACUCGUAGUAAGAAUCAUAUGUCACCUGAAUUACAAGAUAAAUUUGCUAAAACUUAUCAUGAUCUUAGAAUUAAUAUAGUUAAAAAUGUUUUUGAGCAAGCUGAUAAAACUGGGUUUGUUUGGGAACAAUAUAAUGAUGAAACUGGUGAAGCACAAAGAGCUAAGAACUUUUUAGGAUGGUCUUCUUUAGUUUUAGUAAUGAUGACCAUGCCAGAAAAUUUAUAG